AUGUCUGACGCCCAGCAUUCGCAAGCCCCCGGGCCCCAAGGUCCUAAUCGCGGCGGUCGUCGCCGGGGUAGAGGAGGAUCUCGACAAACCGGAAAUUCCGAUAAUUCACAAAACUCCACCGAUGGCUCCGGUCGAGGAGGUAGAUCUAGGGGCCAAGGACCCCGCCGAGGGGGAGGAGGCCGCGACAAGCAAAACCGGAACGCCGGCAAAGCUGACGCUCUGCAAGAAGGCGAGUCACCUGCGCCCGCGGCAACGAGCACAGCAAAGGGCAAGCAAGCGGUCGAGGAUGCGGCCGAGGAUGCGGAUGACGGCGAGGUCUGCUUCAUCUGUGCGUCGGCCGUUGAGCACACCUCGGUGUCGCCGUGCAACCACCGGACCUGCCACAUCUGCGCCCUGAGGCUGCGAGCGCUCUACAAGAACAAAGCCUGCGCACAUUGUCGGGUACAAGAUUAA